AUGAAUAAAAUUGACAUAUCCGAACCGAGAAAUACAAUUGAGGAGAUCGCUACGAAUGAGCACAAGCUACAUCAAAUGGAGAGGGACUUUUUGAAAUCACUCGCUGCCUUAUUGCUUGAUAAUGAAACCAAACAAGCCCGCCAAAUAGCGUUACUAUACUCCAGACUCGAAAACAAUCCAUUGAGCCCUUUUUUUAGAGAUACAAAGCGUAUACAAAAUAUUGUAAAAUACGUGUGCGCCGAAAGUCCAACGAAGGAACGAGUACGAUUAGAUCUGGAACAGCUGGUUGCGCAGCAUCUAUCUCGUGAUCCCAACGCCACUGCCGGCAAUCCCCUCGAGGUCGAAGAUAAAUCGUUUGUUGGAAAUACGAGGUCAGGGCAUCCUAAAAAAAGACCCAUCCGCUCAGUAACGGAUCCAUUCAAGACGGCUAAGAAACCGCGACCCGGCAAACGUGCAAAUACCGUUCCAACUCCCGUUCCACCCACUCCAGCCACACCUCCCCCGCAUGGAGGAACAGUAUUAGAAUUCCCGAAUGACGUACAGAACAGCGAUGAGCCGCAAUUCCGAUUUAUCAAUUACGGGCAAGUGUCGCCUUCAACAACAGUAGAUCCACAACUGUUGCCACCCAAUCAUAUAGAGCAUCCGUGUCCGAAUAAUCCGAGCUUCGAACUGACAACAACCGAGACCAACACCGACGGCUAUAAUAUAGUAAUCGAUUCUCUAUAUGCGCCCUGA